GCUUCCUUACAUUUUAUGUCCCUGCUUCCUCGGCACGUACAGGACCCCAAGAGAAACCGUUUGUUCCAGUGGACAGAUGUGGAUCUGAACGGGGGCCUGGUCCAGCUGGAAUUUCCCCUGGCUUCCGAGCCUGCCUUAGGCGCCUACAAAGUGGUGGUGGUUCAGAAGGAUUCUGGAAGGAAGAUUCAACAUUCUUUUACGGUGGGCGAAUACGUGUUGCCCAAGUUUGAAGUUGUUGUCAAGUCCCCCUCAGUCAUAUCAAUUCUGGACAACGAACUGGAAGUCACCGCCUGCGGCAAGUACACCUAUGGGAAGCCAGUUCCUGGUUUAGUCAGCAUCAGGGUUUGCCGGGAAUUUUCUCAGUUCAGAAGCUCGUGUUAUGGCGAAGAGUCCAAAGCUGUCUGUGAGGAAUUCAGUGGAGAGGCGGACAUUCACGGCUGCUUCUCUCACACGGUGGAUCUGAAAAUAUUCCAAUUGAAGAGAGGUGGAUUUCGGAUGGAGAUCAUCACGGAGGGCACAAUCACAGAGGAGGGGACAGAGGUUGUGCUAACAGGCUCGGGUACCACGCAGAUAACUUCGGUGAUCAGCGCCGUUUCCUUUGAAAAUGUGGACAAUUACUACAAACCUGGACUUCCUCUCUCUGGGGAGCUUAAGCUUGAGGAUGGCAGAAGAAAUCCAAUAUCCAACAAGACCAUUAAGCUUCGAAUAUCAGGAGUACAGAACAGUUCCUACUUCACGACGGAUGAUGAGGGAAAAGCCCACUUUUCCAUAGAGACUUCCGGCUUCACAGGAGAUAGCCUGCAGCUCACUGCAACUUAUGGAGAACUAGCGCAAUGUUAUGAUUCAUACUGGAUCUCCCCUGAUCAACACUCUGCCUACACCACAGUAUCACGUUUCCAUUCUCCAAGUCAAAGCUACCUUAACAUUCAAACGCUUCCUGGCAAACUAAAAUGCGGGCAACAUGCGGUGAUCCCGGUCCAUUACAUUCUCAAUUCAGAGGUCAUAAAGGACAAAGAAGUUUCCUUUCACUACUUGGUGGUGUCCAGAGGGGAUAUUGUGAAGUCAGGUACACAUCCCUUGAAAGAAAAGCAUAAUAAAGGAACAUUCAACUUGGACCUCCUUGUGGAUAUCAAGAUCGCUCCUCUGGCCCGCUUGGUCGUGUACACCAUUUUGGAUAACGGAGAACUCGUAGUGCACUCUGUCGGUUUUCCUGUGGAGCCCUGUUUCGCAAAUAAGGUGAACCUGCGAUUUGCUGACCGCGAAGGCCUGCCCGGCAGCAGCAUCGACCUCCAUCUUGCCGCUGCCCAGAACUCCCUCUGUGCCAUCCACGCGGUUGACGAGAGCGUCUUCCUUCUGAAGCCCGAAGCUCAACUUUCCCCUCAAACGGUUUAUAAUCUGCUGCCUUUGAAAGACCUCAGGGGCUACUACUACAACGGUGAGAACUUGGAAGACCCAGGCGCAAACCCCUGCAUGCCUCCCAAAAAGAUCAUUGUGGAUGGAAUUCGCUACCAGACCGACACCUAUUCUUACGAGGAAGGCGAUGCCUAUACAAUUCUCAAGGACAUUGGCUUCAUACCGUUUACUAGCACCCAGAUAUACAAGCCUAAUAUUUGCCGCACCAUGGAAUACUACUCAAUGGCAGGAGGCCACAGCUUGCAACGUUUGUCCUCACCAGCAGUUGCGGAAUACAAAAUGGAGGACGCAAUCGCAAAUGUCAUGGAAACAACCAUCCGGAGCUACUUCCCAGAAACCUGGAUAUGGUCCUUAAAACCACUUGGCAGUGAGACCGAGCUCACCGUGCCCGUCACCAUUCCCGACACCAUCACCGAUUGGAGAGCGGGAGCCUUCUGCUUGUCCCCCACCGUGGGCUUCGGCCUGGCCCAAACCACCUUCCUCAAGGCCAUCCAGCCGUUCUUCGUUGAGGUCACCCAGCCAUACAGCGUAAUACGGGGAGAAGCCUACGUCCUGAAGGCCACCGUCUACAAUUAUCAGAAACACUCUAUCCAGGUCAGCAUAUCGCUAUUGCUUUCUCCCGACUACGACGCUUCCCCUGUGGACAAGGAACAGGCUUCCUAUUGUCUUCCUGUGGAUGGAAGGAAAACAGUCUCAUGGAAAGUUACUCCCAAAACUCUGGGGGAAGUCAACUUUACAAUAACAGCAGAGGCCCUGAAAUCCACCCAGCUCUGUGGGAACGAAAUUGCGGAAGUGCCUGCCAAAGGACAAAGGGACAUCGUGAUCAAAACCCUGCUAGUCGAGCCUGAAGGAAUCGAGACGGAAGUGGCCAUCAACAAGUUGCUAUGUGGAGCCAAAAACAACCAACCCACAACUAUUCCCUUAAAGGUCCCAGAGAACAUCGUGGAGAAAUCUGCCAGGGCUACCUUCUGUGUGUUGGGUGACAUCUUAGGCUCUGCCAUCCAGAACGUGCACCAGCUUCUCCGGUUGCCUUCUGGCUGUGGGGAACAAAACAUCGCCCUUUUGGCCCCCAAUAUUUACAUCUUGGACUACCUGAACAAGACUGACCAGCUGACCGAGGAAACAAAGUCAAAGGCAAUUGGAUACUUAGUGGCUGGCUACCAGAGACAGUUGAACUACAAGCAUGCCGACGGUUCCUACAGCACCUUUGGGCAAAGUAGCAACCAGCCUGGAAAUGUCUGGCUGACCGCUUUUGUGUUGAAGUGCUUUUCUCAAAUGAAGAGACACAUCCUUGUGGAGGAAAGACACCUGAUCGACGCUCAGAACUUUCUGGCCUUAAAGCAGAAAGAAAAUGGCUGCUUCCAAGCCAGUGGGUCCCUCCUGAACAAUGCGCUACAGGGCGGAGUUGACAGUGAGAUCACUUUGUCAGCCUACCUCACCAUAAGUUUGCUGGAGAUUCCCUUGCCUGUCACGCAUUCUGUCGUGCGAAACGCUUUGUUUUGCCUGGAGACGGCGUCCCAGCAGAAAGACCUGCCUGUCUACACCCAGGCCUUGUUGGGGUACGCUUUCGCUUUGGCCCACAAAGAGGACAAAGUGGCGGCAAUACUGCAGAGCCUUCAGGAAAAGGCCGUGAAAGGAGACGAUGGCUCCAUUCACUGGGAGAGGCACGUGAAGCCAGAGGCGAGCCAGCCUUUCUACUACCAGCCUCGUGCUCCUUCCGCCGAGGUGGAAACGGCCUCCUACGUACUCCUGACUUACCUGACCAGACGUCCUGCGCUACCAGACACAGCCUCCUCUAGCAGAGCUCUGGCACCAUCCCAGGAUGAUCUGGCGGAGGCCACCAAGAUUGUGACCUGGCUUAUCAAACAACAAAAUCCUUUCGGAGGAUUCUCUUCCACGCAGGACAGCGUGCUGGCCCUCCAGGGCCUCGCCUUGUAUGCGGGUUUCACUUUUGCCAAGAACGCAGCCGGCACCACAGUGACCUUGAAGUCAGGUGGGAACAAUGUGAGGGAAUUCCACGUGGACAACUCCAACAGGCUUCUGCUUCAGUGCCAGGCCCUGCCCAAUGUGCCUGGGGAAUAUACAACAGUUGUAACUGGGGAAAGUUGCAUCUACCUGCAGACUACCUUGAGGUACAAUGUGCUCCCACACCCGGAGGAUGCUCCAUUCGCACUGACUGUCAGCACAAUUCCCGACACGUGUGUUGGGGUCAAGGCCCACAAGGAAUUCGACAUUGCAGUAAAUGUCAGUUACGUCGGGAAGCGUUUGGCCUCUAAUAUGGCGAUUGUUAAAAUCAAGAUGGUCUCUGGAUUUGCACCAAAUAAGCCAUCUGUAAAAAUGCUGAAAAAUCAAGGUCCGAUUCAGCGGGUGGAUGUAACAGCCGAUAGCGUGGAUCUGUAUUUGGAAAAGCUGACCAACGCCACCGUGCAGUUCUCUUUCACGGUGGAACGAAGCAUUGAGAUCCAGAAUCAGCGUCCAGCCUAUGUGAAGGUGUACGACUAUUACGAUGAUGAAUCGGCAGUGGUUGCAUAUCACGCCCCCUGCAGUUCAGCUAAUGUUGGGAAUGCAUGAAGAACAGAAUAGCUCUCCACCGUCUCAGUCAAUCCCACUGCUGCUUCCCCUGAUGAGAAAACAAGAGGCAGAAAACAGACAGCCAAAGACCCAAGAAGAAGAAUCCGGUGCUUUCUGGGUGCCUUCCUUUUUAUCUACCACUUUCUGAGCCCCAAGGAAUUCGAGACACGCGCCACUGGCUUCCCCUUCUCUCCAUUUGGGUCUGGAAAAACAAACAUCUGGCAUUUACUGUUGUCUUCUCUGAUGUUGGAAAGAACGAAACAAAUAAAUAAAUGUUUGGAUUCUA